AUGGAAGCGAUCCGAAACAAGGACAAGAGAUCUCCGUUGGCUGACAAGGAUUACGUGCCAAUGGGGCCAGUGUACAGGAAUGCCUAUGCAUUUCACAGAACCUCCUCUGCUGUACUGCUUGACACGUACAGGAGCAACCUGGAAAUGGAGAAGCAGAUGAAGGUGUACGUGUACGAGGAAGGCGAGCCGCCGGUGUUCCACGACGGGCCGUGCCGCAGCAUCUACUCGACGGAGGGCAGGUUCAUCCACUCCAUGGAGAUGGAGAGCCGGCUGCGGACCAGGGACCCCGCCCGCGCCCACGUCUUCUUCCUCCCCUUCAGCGUCGUCAAGAUGGUGAAGACCAUCUACGAGCCCGGCUCCCACGACAUGGCCCCGCUCAAGCGCACCGUCGCCGAUUACGUCCGCGUGCUCUCCGACAAGUACCCCUUCUGGAACCGCAGCACCGGCGCCGACCACUUCAUGCUCUCCUGUCAUGACUGGGGGCCGUACGUGUCGUCGGCUAACGCGCAGCUGUUCGGCAACGCCAUCCGGGUGCUGUGCAACGCCAACACGUCGGAGGGGUUCAACCCUGCCAAGGACGUGUCGCUGCCGGAGAUCAACCUGCGGAGCGACGCCGUGGAGCGCCGCUUCUGCCUGUGCCCCGGCGGGUACGAGGUGGCGUCGCCGCGGCUGGCGGAGGCGCUGUACCUGGAGUGCGUCCCCGUCGUGGUGGACGACGGCGAGUACGCGCUGCCGUUCGCGGACGUGCUCAACUGGGACGCGUUCGCGGUGAGGGUGCGCGUCGCAGACGUCCCCCGGCUCAAGGAGAUCCUGUCGGCCGUGUCGCCGCGGCAGUACAUCCGGAUGCAGCGCCGGGUGAGGAUGGUGCGCCGGCACUUCAUGGUGCACGGCGGACCGCCGCGCCGGUACGACGCGUUCCACAUGAUCCUCCACUCCGUCUGGCUCCGGAGGCUCAACGUCAGGAUCGCUGCUCAUGCACAGGGCUGA